CUUCUGAUAUAGAUAGUGCCACAUAUCUGAUAUAAAUUGGCAAUCUACCCAUGGCCGUGAUAUAAAAUAAUAUUAUUACUAUUAUCAUUAUUUACCAGGGCUAUAGAUAAUAUUAUCUAAUACUAUUUACCGUCUUUACCGUGUGAUAUCGCGUGAUUAUUUAUUAUCAUUGGUCAUGUUUAAAUAAUAAAAAAAAUUAAGGAACGACUUUUAAGUGUUCAGUAUGCCGUUGCUCGUUUGUCAAUCGUCGAAUUAGUCUGAUACCUACCUAUGUAUAGAAUAAUAAAUGAGGAGAAUGUGAUUUCCAUAAAUUAAUUAAAUGGUUACAAAAUUACCAUCUAGUUAAUGUUAAAUUGUUGUGUACGUAACUAAUUAUAAUAAUAAUAUUCUUCAAUUCGGUAUUUGGUCAUUGUAUUUUUUUUUUUUUUUUACAUUUAUCUUUUAAAUAGUUGUUAUUUUUUUAAUAAGUAAUUAUAUAAAAUAUUACUAUAUUAUAUUAAUAUUACUUUUUAUUAUUGUAUUUCGAUUUACUUACAUUUAAAAUCUAAAUUCUAGUGAUCAGUGUUGAAUAGUACGUUUAUAGUAAUUUAGGCAUGGAUAACAUCAGGGAUUAUAUAAAUUACUUGAAAGAUCCAGAGUUAGUUGCUAAUUUUCAAAGGUUUUUUGGUGUAAUUCGACAUGAUGCUCCAGAGAUUGGUUCUAUGCUAGAAAAUGGUGAAGUAAUAACUAACAGUCCUGUUGUAGAGAAGGAAAAUGAGGUAGAUCAUCGUAUUACCAAUAAAUUUUGGUACUACUUAUUUUUAUUUGGCACAUACCUUGGUGAUGAAAUUGGCUACGCUGUUGUCAUACCGUUUUUAAUUUGGAAUAUAGACUCUGCAGUUGCCAGGAAAAUGGUGCUUGUCUGGGCAGUCAUUAUGUAUAUUGGUAAUAUUUUUUAAGCAUUAAGAAAAUAACAUUGUUUUCAUGUUAGUUUUAUUUAGGUCAGUCCAUAAAGGAUAUAAUACAAUGGCCAAGACCGGCUUGCCCUCCAGUUGUUAGAUUGCAAACAAAAUGGUCUAUUGAAUUUGGAAUGCCUUCAACUCAUGCAAUGAUUAGUAUUGCAUUACCUUAUUCCGUUUUACAAUUUAUUUCAGAUCGAUAUCAAGUAUUUAUCAACUAUCGCUUAUUUAAUUCAAAAGCUAAGUUGUUAGUACUUUUUUUUUAUAGAUUGACUACAGAAUUGGCAUCAUUGUAGUAUUUUUUUGGUGUAUGUUAAUUACACUUAGUCGUUUAUACUUGGGAAUGCACACAGUUUUGGUAAGUAAUUUAUAAAAAUGUUUCCCUACAUUAUGCAUUCAAAUGUAUUUAUUUAGAUUAAAUCCAUGCUAAAAUUAUUCUUUGUAUAAAAAGAAAAAAAAAUAUAAUUCAUUUUAAUUAUGGGUUUAUAGUUUGAUAUUUGUAUUCUCAUUUAGUUUAGGAAAUAAGUAUUUUAGAAAAAUAUAUUGUAAAUUUAAGGUAUUGAAAUUGCUAUUAUUAUUUUUAAUAAAGUUUAACUACAAAGGUGCAUUUGUUGUGAAUACAAUUUGUUAAAAAUCAAUCUGAAUUGAAAAACAAAACAACUGCAAAGUUAAUGGGAAAUUUUAGUUUGCUUAGUCAUUAAUCUGAGUUAAUAUGUGUUUCCCUCUUAAAAAGUUUAGUAUUCAGGCAUGUCAAACUCAAGGAUUAUAUAGGCCAUAUGAAUAUUAUAAUCAAUACAAGAGUUAAUUUAUUUUAAAAGUUACAUUCUUAUUUGAAAUUUGAUUAAUAUGAUAAUAAAUGGAUGAAUAACAAUUUUUUGUAGAUAUGGAAUUUUUUCUUCAAAUUAAAUCAAAAGUAUUAUUAUUAAAAACAUAUAUUAUAUUAUGGCUUAUCUGUACCAUUUUUAAAAUUGUAUUACUAUUAUCAAAAUAAUAACUUAUUACAGUUUGAUUGUCAUAAUUUAAACUGAAUAUUUUUACUCUUUGUUUAAAUAAAAAAUUUAUCAUUUAAUAAUAUAGUGAUAUCUGCAUAUUGUGUAUUUCAUAAUCAUUUACUUAUUAAAUAAUUGUGUAUUUAUUUGAAGUAAUAUCUUAUUAUCUAUAAUUAAUAUAAAUUAUACUAUUAUGUGUUAUUAAUACAAGUUAUGUUCAGUGAAAUCUUGUUUGGAUUAUUUAUAUAUUUAUAUUUUUAUAGUUAAUAAUAUGUACUCUAUUACGUAUUAAUUAUCACCUAGAUUAUUAUUAAAUAUUUAUAUACAUGAUUGUAAAUUUAAUUCACCAAAUCAUUUUGUUAUAAUUACUGGUUACUUAAAAAAAAAAAAAAAAUAGUAUAUUGUAUACAUAGCACUCAAUAAACACUUUUAGUUGCUUACGUGUAAUAGGUCUUGAAUACGAAAAAUAAAGAUAUUAAAAGGAUGUUGCAAAUUUUGUAUUCUGAGCUCAGUAAGGAAUGUAUUAAUUUCACCAUGAUCGAUAUAUAGGAUUUUUUUUAUUUGUCGUAUCUAUAAAAUAACUGAAGGUUUUUUGUAUCAUUUUGGAUCUAGUUUUGGAAAGAUCGUUUUUUGAGUUUUCUAGUAUUUUUCAAUAAUUGAGAAAACAAAUAUGCAAUCAAAAAAGUUUUGUAAUUUUUUAUUUUGUUAUUCUACCAGAAAUCAUGCUAUAAAUUUCAAGAGUAGUAUUAUUAGUAAAAGAAAAUUUGUUAUAUAAAUAAGGUUGUUUUUUUGGUUUCCCUUGUAGUUUUUUUAAUUAUUGGGAUAAACUGCGAACAAAUGUGGGAAAAUCAGGAAAAAAAGAUUUCAUUAUUUUUAUUGUAAUUUGAUUUAAAUCGAUUUUGGUCAUAUAAAUAUAAUAUUUUUAUAGAAUACUUUAUUAGACUUUGCUAGAAGUGGUACUGUUUUCAAAACAUUAUAGCAAUAUUUGAGUUACCUAUUUAUAGACAUUCAACAUUUAAAAUUGUCAAGUCUAUAUAUUUUAUUUGGUUUAAUGUGGUUAAAAUUGUUUAGCUAAAAAGACAAGUUUGAACAUUUAAUAUGAAGUUCUUUAUAAACUGUUUUUAGUGGUAAAAAAAACAUCAUCUUAAUUAGUAUAAUGAAAUAGUUUUUUUUUUUUUUUUAUGUAUUUUAAGUUCAAAUUAUGAUAAAAAUCAUAAAAGGCAUUUUAAAAUAUUUAAACUGAAUACUCAGUAUAGUUUUUCACUAGCUUACAGAAUUACUCUACAAUAUAGUUGAUAUUAAUAGAUUACUCUUGAAUUUAACUAAUAAUUGUUUUUAAGUUAUUUUAUUUAUAGUUGAUAUAAAGUUAGUGUAGUUAGUAAAUAAAAUAUAAUUAAUAAUAUUUAUUUAUAUUUUUUCCAGGAUGUUAUUGCUGGUCUUUUAUUAGCUAUUGUUUUGUUGAUUCCAUUUGUACCAUUAGCCGAUCUUACAGACCGUUAUCUCAUGUACAAUAAAUGGACUCCAUUAUUACUUUUAAUUAUCACUGUGAGUUUAAUUAUCAUUUAUCCGACUAGUGAUCAAUGGACCCCCACCAAGUAAGUUAUAUUUUUUUUUUUUUACAAUUUUCAUAUUCACAUUGAGUAUUAUAUUUAAAAAUUUUUGGAUAGUUUGUACGUAAUAAUAAUUAUGGUAUUUAAGUUAUUCGAAAAGCCAAUUUAAAUUUAUUUUAUACAAUAAGCUAAUGAUUGCUUAAGUUGGUUUUGAAUUAUUGACCAUAUCUAUUAUUUUUUAAUCUGUGUAGCAUUCAAACAAAAUAUUGUAGGUAUUUUUACCUAUAUAUGUAUAUAAAUUAAAUUAGGUGACCUAAUACAGUUUUAUAAACUAGAAAUUAGAAAUAUGUAUUUAUCGUAAUGGUAUGUUUGUUUUAAAAUGAUAAUUUUUCAACCAAUAAUAGUUUUAAAAUGUUCUUUUGCUCUUAUUUAUUAAGAAUUAUUAAUAUAUUAGACAUCAGUUUAUAAUUUAAAGAAAUAAUGUAUAUACCUAUAUAUUCAAUAUUAUAAUAUACAUUUAUAAUUAAUAUUUAUAUUUUGGCUUUUCAGAGGCGAUACAACUCUUAUUUUAGGAACUUGCGCGGGCAUUUUGACUGGCGGUUGGUUGAUGGUCACAUUAGAAAUACAAGAUCAUUUUCAUGUUAUUAAUCCAAUGAAUAAUUUUAUCAUUUGGCCUUCAUUAUAUGAUAUAGGUAACUAUUAAAUAAUAAUACAAAUAUGUAUAAUGAGUAAAGACCGGAUUUAUAUGUUUUUACUAACGUUACUGAGUUUAUGAGUAAGAAAUGUUGACGAUUUGUUCAAUUCUGAGUUAUAGGAAAAAGUUUUUUUUUAUAUUUGAGAAUAUUUCAUGGAUUGAAGAAUAUUAAGCUUAUUUUGCAUAUUUUGGAAUAUUUUGUAAAUUGUGAGAAAAAAUAAUAAUUUUAAUAAUAAGGUACCUAGAAAAAUAUAUUUUGAACAUCUCCAAUUUUUUUUUUGUAUCAUUUUGAUAAAAAGGUUUAGUGUUUAGUACCUACCUAUUUUAAGUUUACGUGUUCACCGUGGUGAUAACAUCAAUAUAUUUGUUUAUCAUUAAAGAUUAUCAAUUAUUCAAAUGUGCAAAUAUUCUGUUCGCACUUUUCCUAUCACGUGAACGUGAUUUUUAAAUUUUUAAAAAGUAAAUUACCUAUAUUGUUAUAUUAUUUAUAUUAUAUUCUUACUCUUACUUAACUGCACAAUUAUUCUGUUUUAAUAAAUAAGUAUUAUUAAUUAUUUAUGGAAUACGGUGAAAAAAAAUUGCAUAUAAAAGCAUAUAUUGUUCAUUGAUUAUUUUUGCAAUUUUUCAAACUUCUAAGAGAAUAUAAUGAGAAUUUUUUAAAGAAUAUUAGCUUCAUAUUUUAGAUGUUUUAAGAGAAUAUAAAUUCGGUCUUUAAAAAUGAGUUUAAUUUUAAUUAUUAAAAAUGAAGUUUAUUUAUUUAUACAUUACAUAAUAAUAAAAUAAAUACAGGUAUCCCAAAAAGAUUUGAAAAAAAACAAUAACUUUUGUUUUGUUCAAUAUUUAAAAAAAUUGUUUUUGUUAUAAUUACUACCUUGUGCUAUGAUUUCUUUAUUAUUAUAUUUUAACAAAAUUCAAGACAGCCAUUUUCUAAAAAAUAUUUCGAAACAAAAUUUUGCUGUUACAAAUAUUUACUUAUAACAAAUUGUUAAGAUUUUACAAGUUUUUUGAAGUUUAUAAAAAUUAUUUUUAUGGAAAAAUUGAUGAAACAAUUGUUAUUUUUAUAUGAAGUAUAUAAUAAAUUAAAUUAUAUCCAUUGCUACUAAUAAAUAUUUAUUUGUAUUAAAAAAAAAUGUAUAAAAUAGGAAUCACAGCACAAAGCUUUUAUAAUUAUUGUUACAAAUAAAAAGAAAACUUAAAAAUAACAAAAGUUAUUGCAUUUGUCACAUCUUCAUGGAACACCUAUACAUUUUUUUUUUCUUUUACUUAAUUUUCUGUAUCUUUUUAAAGAAUGACUCUAAUUAUUUAAAAUCAGAUUUUAUAUUAUUAUUAUAGUCUUUUAGUAUACCUAAUUAAAUAAAUUUCAGUUUAUUGAAAUUUGUUUUUGUGAUAUAUUUUUUUGUAUUUUCAUUUGUUUUAUUAGGUGUGAUGGUGGUCAGAAGUGGUUUAGGUUACUUAUGCAUAGUUAUGUCUUUCUUAAUUAUUAAGUAUAUUCUUUGUUUUGUAGAUGUAAUUUUAGUAAAAUGUGGUGUGAAAAUAAUAGAUGAUGUACUGAGGAGACAUAUUCCUUUAUUAGAUAUUACUUAUAAAUAUGUGACAUUUUACUUAGUAUCAUUCAAUCUUAUAUUUGUAGUACCAAUAUUACAAAAAUUGUUACAUGUGGAAAGACUAUCAUUUUACCAUGAAGCUAAAUAGUUGUUUAAAAUUGUUUUUUUUUUUAUUUAAACAUAAUGGCUGUAUGGUUACCACCCUAUUUAUAUUUGAAUAGGUUUUAAUUUAUGUCCUUUACUGAUACUUAAGAUCUUAAGUUCAAUUAUGUAUUUUAUCUCAAUUAAACUGUAUCUCAUUUUGAACAAAGAAAUUGUCCAUAGUCAUUCUAGUUACGAAUAUAGAUUAUAACCUAUAGCUAAUAUUAAAUUUACAUUAUUAAUCUAUUUGUUAUUUCUAUAAAUUAAAUAUGACUAUAAUUUAAGCCUGCCAUAAUAAUGUAAAAAUAUAUUCCAUUAUUUUAUGAAAUAUUAAAAUGUUAAUUUUUUCUACCAACUGUUUGUACAUACUAAUAUGUCUUAAAUUAUAUACACACAUUAAGUGGAACACACAAACAUUUAUAAUAUAAUACACAUUUUUCACAUUUCAACAAUUUACUAUGGUAUUUUAUGAAUUAAAAAAGUGAUGC